CAGCAGUCCACCUUGCGGCACCGCUUCCCCUCACCUCCUCUUCAGGCGCCACCACCCCCACCAUCAACCCUGGCGUCUUUGCAUUCAACCCCAACAAACCUUCCAACACCACCGCCACCUACAAACUUGUGGUACACCCCAACAUCCAACCUGCAUACCAUCAAUGAAUGUGAUCCAAAGGACAUCAGCUCCUUCCAACAAUGGAGCAAGACACUGCCCAGCUGUAAGAUCUUAGAACCAGCGGACAUGAUGAGGAAAAUGAAAGGAGAGAGUCCCUCGUACCGAGAGCACGGCUUGGAGCUGUGCACAAAGAUACAGUCGCAGCCCUCCACCGGGAGGCUUUAUCUGGAGACAGACAUUGACAGAGUGAGGCAACUUGAUGAACUCGCAGCUAAUGGUACCCUGAUACAAGAGAGGAAUAAGAAACAUGUGGAGAAGGCUACGGAAGACAAAAGUCAUUGGGAGAGAAAUGGAAUCUUGGGUGGAGAGAAAAGGACGGAAAAUGUUUGGGAAAAAGAGAGGCUGACAGAAAGAGGUAAAGAGAAGGAGAAGAAAGUUGUCGGCUUUGAGCCUAAGUGGACCUCCAAUGGAAAAAGUAACCCGUGCCCGGUCUUCAAGUGGCCAGAAGGAUUUCCAAGAAUGUCCUAUAGGUCCAUCUCACUACCCAGAGCGGUCAAUAUCACUGAUUCUGAUGGAGAGAUGCAACGUGACAUGAGCUCUUUCCACGACCACAAGGAGGACCUACGCAAGCGUCUGUCCUACACCACGCACAAGCUAGAGAUGGUGGAGACCGAGUUUGACUCCACCCGCCAGUACCUGGAGACGGAGCUGCGGCGGGCUCAGGAGGAACUGGAGAAGUUUACGGAAAAACUGCGCAGGAUCCAGAGCAGCUAUGCAGCUCUACAGAGGAUCAAUCAGGAUUUGGAGGACAAGAUGCACAGGACGUCUCAGCACCAUGAAGAGGAGAAGAGAGCACUUAGCCGGGAGAUCAUUGUCCUCAACAACCACCUCAUGGAGGCAAAGCUGAAUAUAAAUAAACUCAAGGAGGACAACGACCUGUACAGGAAAGACUGCAACCUUGCUGCCCAGCUGCUGCAGUGCUCCAAGUCUCAUUACAGAGCUCACAAGAUGUCUGAGCUGCCACUGGACUUUCAGGAGCGCAUCACUUCCCACAUGGAGAAACAUAAUCAGGGCGGUGAAGCGGCCAUGGCCAUGUGCCACUCCAAUUAUUCUGAUGCUGUGCCCACAGCCGUCAUUGCCAAGCUCCUUGAAAAGCCAGAACCAGGAAACAGUGGCCUCAUUACUCGAUCCCUCAGCCCUCGCCCGCAGGAAGGAGACUCGAUGACGGGAACAGGAACGAAUGAUCACUUCAACCGCCGCAAUACAUACAAGACCUCUGACCUGUACUGCAGUGAUACGGCCCUCUAUUGCCCUGAACGCUGGCAGGAUACAGAUCGCCGGCAGAGUAUGGACCUUCACGGCACUGUUGUGCACCAGCUUCACGCCCAGAACUCCACUGACAGCAAUCCAGAUGAGGAGGCCUACCCCUCGGGGAGCUUCUCCAAUCAUGAGCCACCAUCGCCUUUCCACCACCAUGACGAGUUCAGUGCCACAAGCCUCCCCGCCUCCAGUUCCUACUCCAGUUUCAGCCUUGCCUCAGACGAUAAAGGCGGACUAGGGGGUGCACGCACGGCCAGUAGCACUUUAUCUACUUCCCACCAGGGUUUGUACUUAGACUGGCGGGAUGGCGGCAGUGGGGAGUAUGACCGUAAAAGCAUGUCUUCCUACGAUAAAGACAGCCCAGGUUUCCCUAAGUCUAACAGCAUUCAGCACAUCAUCACAUCGAGAAGCCCUCAGAAGGGCACCACGCCAGCAUACGCCAGGCCAGCCUCUUGCCUCAGUGAACCAUACCACUCCAGCAGCCCUCGCCUGGCCUCCUCUCACAGCAUGGGGUCUACAACCGGCCUAGGUCAGGCACAGGGAGGACCUCUGGAUAGCAGAGCUGACAGCCACGCGGCAGAGGAUGACCUAAGCAGCCGGUGGAGACAGCUGAGUGUAGAAGACAUCAACGCGUUCUCGCCUUCCUACCGUAACGUCACAGGACGGGUCUCCCCGUACAGUUUCUCAGAGUGCCAUUAUGCCGUGGGCCCCUCGAGCAAGGCCAAAGGAUUGCUCUACAGCAGCUUCCAAGAGGGAGAUGACGUCUUCCACAGCCACAUGCUGGACCAGCGUUUUGCUCCUUCGCCCAGCCGCAGCCCCAAACUUCCACCUGUAGAACUUCGCAAACAGAAAAAAACGUCUGCGCUGUAUCGAGCCCAGGACGGCAACCCGGACAGCUUGGUCCUCUCAGGAAGUUCUAAAGACAAGGAGGGCGGAGGGGGAGUGACGGCGGCGGGCGGCAAUGCCAAGAAAGACUAUGUCAAUCUGAGCGCCGGAAGCUCGGCCGAGUCCUUACACCAAAGCUCCUUAGAAGCCUCCAGUCUUCAGCAUUACCCGAGUCCCAGGCCGAAGGUCAGGCCCCGCCCGAGCUCCAGCUCUGCCCUCAGUGCCGUCGGCCCCGCACUGCCGAAAAAGACCUCACCAAGAUACCAAAAAUUUGGCAGCACGGGGCUGACGAGGAAAGACAGUCUGACCAAGGCGCAGCUCUACGGCACGCUGCUGAACUGACGCGACGAGGGAGAGCUUGUCGUUUAUGCAUGACGAUGAUGAUAACUAGCCUUCUGUACUGUAUGUCUUAAAUGUCUGCUGCAGCAUACUUGGUGUGAAAAGAGUGUCCGUUGAUGUUUUAUGUAUCUCAGCCAAGGCAUGUUCGAUGCAGUCUGCGACAUUUACUUUCUAUUGUACGUCAUAAUUAAAGUAUAGCUAGAGUACUCGAGACCCACUAUGGUGUAGCAAUUCUGUGACGUUUCAGUUUAAUGAUGGUAUUUAGAACCACUGGGAUAAAAGACAGACCAUGAACAUACUGUGCUUUCUCACAUAACUUUGGUACUGUUAGUAAUACCAGCAAAAAAUUGUUACACCUACUGUAUAACAGAAGCAUGUACGAUGUGAUGAAAACAUCCUACAGUGUGGGAGUGGUAAUGUUAUCCAUCAUGUCAUAGGGACCUACUUCAUAGCAUAAUGGAUUAUGCUAAAUAUGUAUCUCAUUAUAAGUGUAUAGCCAACCUUCGAUAUAUAUUUUUUUUGUUUAUCUUAAUAAUUUGAUCAGAAAAUUGUUAUAAUAGGGAAAACCUAAAAAAAUAGGAAAGUAAAACUAUUAAUUGUAAUGCAGUGGUUCAGACGCAAGCUUUUUAACAUGACUCAAGCAGCAUUUUGUUCUUAUUUCUAUAUCUAAAAUUAGAUAUUGACAUGUAAUGUUGCAUUGCACAGUCGAUAGUCGCAUACCAGGACACUUGUGAAAAUUGCCUUAAUUCUGUUUAGUGGACACACAACAUUUGCAGCAUGAAAUAAGUGUAGGUACUCUAUAGCUGAUGUAUUCUUACUGUACAUACUCUAGUGUCUUCUUCCUGCUUGACAUAACGACAGGAGUGAGUCUCUUGUACGACUGGGAACACUGUGUGAUCACAUUUCAUUCUGGUCCGUUUGGCUGUACACCAUAGAACAAUAGAAAGUCAAUACACUUAUGAGGCGCACCCCAGGAUGAAUCGUUAAUUUGUCUUUUUAGGAUUUGUGAAAUAAGACGAGUGCUAUAAAAAACAUAAAUGCGACCAAAAUUGCAAUCAAGUGUAUCCAAUUAGACUUUCACACCAGAUUUUUACAAACGCUUGAUAAAUAAUGAGAUCACAAGUCAUUAUUUUGAUACGGAUUCCCAUUAUUUUGAGUGGUAAGUCCAUAUUUCCCUUUGGAGAGCACAACAUUUAAAUGACAGAGGAUAUUUGUAUCUUUACAAUUGCAGAAGUGGGCUUCCAUCGUUAAGUUCAAUAAGUAAAGCGAAACUCAGCGUCACCCCAGAAAAAGACUUUAGUAGCUUUUCUCUGCUUGCUUUUACCUCAAAGAGGAAAGGCAUAAGAAACUAUCAAAAAUACUUAAAAUAAGAUUAUUUUGUGGAUUGUCAUGUUUCUACCUCUCCCAUUUUUGAAAACACUGGCUUCUGGCUGUUUUAAAUUGGUUGAAAUUGCAACUGCUAAAUGUAAAAACUGCAGCACUAAAGUUUCUCCAGUCAUUAUCAAAAUAAUUAAGAACAAUAUUGAUUUUUUUUUAAGGGAUGUAGUGUAUAGAGAAAGAGAUACACACUAAAUGCAUCUAUACACAACUCUUCUACCGAUACGACUGUUUUCUAUUCUGUUGAUAUUAUAUUGUUGGAAUGUGUUGACCCCUGGUCGAGGAGGCACAAGUGCUUUCUGGCCAGUCCUACCUCCAAAACUGCCCCAGUAACCACAGACCUGAAUGUCAACAUGUCUGUCUGAUGCAUGAUUAUAUAUUUUUGAUGUAUUUAUUUAAUAAAGAUGAGUGUUGGGAAAUACAAUACGGACCUUCAUGCUUUGCUUUUGAAAAUUCAGAUUUUCU